AUGCUUCUCCUCGACUAUCAAAAUGUCCUAAUUCAGUCUAUCCUCACAGAACGAUUCGCACCGGGAGCGUCUCCUACCUCGAUUGACCAAAUAGUCUCCGAUUUUGACGGAGUUACCUUUCAUAUUUCGACGCCGACAGCGAAGACACAGAUACUGGUCUCACUCUCCGUGAAGUGCUAUCGCGAUCUUCUACAGUAUGGCGCUGAGUCCGUGUUGCAACGAGAGUAUGGCAACUACAUCACAAAUCCAGAAGCUGGCUACGAUUUCAGCAUCCUCAUAGAUCUUGAUCAGCUACCAGACAGCGCGGAAGAAAGGGAAGAGCUUGUCAGAAGGAUCAGUCUACUCAAGAGAAAUGCCAUGGCCGCUCCAUUCGAAAAAGCAUUUGACGAGUUCUCUUCCCUGUCGGAGGAAGCUAGCCACUUCACAUCAGAGUCAGCACCCCAAGGAAUCCAGGAGGGUGGACAAGUCAUGGCUAUAUACUACCGCGAGGAAGAGGCCAUCUACAUCAAGGCAUCGCAUGACCGAGUCACAGUCAUCUUCAGCACCAUCUUCCGGGACGAAACAGAUCGAAUAUUUGGUAAAGUGUUCUUACAAGAGUUUGUGGAUGCCAGACGAAGAGCAAUUCAAAAUGCCCCACAGGUGUUGUUCCGAAGUGAUCCACCGCUGGAGCUGCAAGGCAUGCAGGGUGUAGGAAAGACAGGAGAGAAGGGGGAGAUUGGCUUUAUCACAUUCGUGCUUUUCCCGAGGCAUUUGUCACCACAAAGAAGAGCAGAGAAUAUCUCACACAUCCAAACAUUCAGAGAUUACUUCCACUAUCAUAUCAAGGCUUCGAAGGUUGCUCAGAUCGGUUCGCUCUUCUUAUCCAAACUAACACGGACAGGCAUACAUUCAUUCUCGCAUGCGAAGAAGGACUGCCGACUUUCUACAAGUCCUCAACCGUGCUCGGCCGGAAAACGAGGAGAAAGAGAGGAAGACAGCAAGCGGGAGAACUUUCCGAGUUCAAGGAUGAUGUGA